AGGGCGAGGGACAGAGACGGCGGAGAGGCAGAGAGAGCGCGCAGAGAGAGAGAGAGAGAGCGAGAAGAGAGAGCGCGCCGGGAAGGAGCGCCGAGCGAGCGCGCCGAGCCGUUCCGCGUCCUCGAAGCAGCCCCUCCCCGGGGUCGCCGCCCAUGAAGAACAUCCAGACCCUGGAGGAAGGACCGUGGAAGGGCUUGUGCUUCAAAGAGGUGACUGACAUCAAGAGGCUGAAGAGGAAAACCAAGGAGCCGGCCAGGCGCGCCAACGGCUCCAGCCCAAGUUUCCAGGCGGACCACCGAGUCCCGGAGCCCCCGGCCCACGGGCUGAGGGCCAGGGCCGAGCGGGCCCGGCCGCCCCCGCAGCAGCAUCUUCAGCAGCAGCAGCAUCUUCAGCAGCAACAGCAGCAGCAUCGGGACCAGCCCCCGCGGCCUCCCCCGCGGCCUCCCCAGCAGCCUCCCCAGCAGCCUCCCCAACGGCCCGGCCAAAGUUCCUCCCCGCCGCUCUCCCACGGAACUUACAAUAACAAUAACGAUUCCUCCGCAUCGCCUAGGAAACGGCCGGGCGAAGCGUCGGGCGCCUCUUCGGAGAUCAAAGCCAUUCAGCAGACGAGAAGGCUGCUCGCCAACGCCAGGGAGAGGACCCGGGUGCAUACCAUCAGUGCGGCUUUUGAGGCGCUGAGGAAGCAGGUUCCCUGCUAUUCUUAUGGUCAAAAGUUGUCCAAACUGGCCAUCCUCAGGAUAGCCUGUAACUAUAUCCUUUCCCUGGCCAGGCUGGCUGACCUGGAUUACAGCGCCGACCACAGCAACCUGAGCUUUUCUGAGUGUGUGGAACAGUGUACCCGGACCUUGCAAGCAGAGGGAAGGUCUAAGAAACGGAAGGAAACGUCCACCCCUUCAGCAAAAAAGCCCGUCGAGGCCUCGUCUGUUCGUCCCCAUGGGCGGCCCGGGGGACUGUGAGGGGAUCCUGAGGAACCCAGUUACGCGUUGCAUUCCUUUCGGUUAUUUAACGGUGAACCAAUUAGAGGAAAUCAUCAUCAAACAGUGUGAAAGAGGAAACUCGGCGCCCUGUCCGGCCUUCCUCUCGAAAAGCGACGUGGGUAAAUUAAGGGAGUGAUU